GUUGUCUUCAUGCCAGUGUAGUAUAAUGAAACUAUAGACACUGCAAAUCAGUGGCAAUGGCUUUUGGAUUUUAUUCAGGAUGGCUCCUUCUUUUGACAGUUGCUUGUGCACUGUGUGACCCAAAACAUUUGCCACAAUAUGCUCUGGUGCCUGAUGUUGACUUUGAGACUGAAUGCAGGGACAGAUAUUUCUUUGUCUCUGUCAAGAUGCCUUCUCCUGGCAGUGAGCUUCAAUUUCAAGCAUUUGAUGCUGGUGGAGCAUAUCCCAUCACUGCACAACAUGGGGAAUUUUGUGGCUAUACAGUUCAGGCUGUUUUUGAUCGUAUUGUUCUUAGGGCCUCCUACUUCUCUUGCCACACAGACAAUCAGAACGAUGAGGUAUUUAGUUUCAAGUUCAAGUUGAUAAUAGUGAACCCCAAAGGAAGAGAAACAUCUGCUAUUAUCUCCAAGACUUGUUCACUGACAUUACCAUGGUCUCCAAGAGAGGUCUUGUGUGAGGAAAACUAUAUGGAGGGAUCAGUGGUGUCUGGCUGGCAGAUUAUGUUUGAGAAGGAGGGACAGCACUCUGAGGUCAUGUCUGCUGAGAAGGCAGCAGCUCUAGGCUAUUUCCUAAUGUCUACCACAGGGAGAAUCGUCUUCCGCGCUGCCUUUGGCCGACCUUGCACAGCCAUCAAAGUGGCCAAUGGUGUUUCUAUACAUGAGCUCCACUCAGUUGUGCUCUUCAGGCAGAAGUCGACUGUUAUGAAAACGGACUUGGAUGUUGCCUGUGUCCUUAGCUCUUCCAGUGGUGCACAGAUCCUGUGGGAGACUCCAAUGAAGACCCCUCUGCUUAUGAAAUCUGACUUUGAGGACAAGCUGACUAGCUACAGGGUGACUGGCCAACUUCUGGAAAAGCAAACGAUCAUGAGUCGUGGUCACGCCAUGCCAGGCAGUACAGGAACACUGGGGACUGGCAUCCCAUAUGUUUCCAGUGAGGAAUUCAGAAAGAAUCUUCUGGAGAAUCAAUACUACCACCAGAACUCUUUCAUGGACACGGGUGUUAAAGUUGUGGCUCCCCAUCCGUUACCUCUCAACCUGCUAACGGUCAACCAGACUGUCCCCAAGGAACGUAUCUUCACUGUCUAUCUGGGUAAUAUUCCCCUGGAUGUGGUGUUGGAAGCUGUUGAGCUCAAUGGUAAUUACUUCCCUGCAUGGGCAGCGAGUCAGAGAGGAUACAUCAGUGAGAUUACGUAUUCUAACGGUACUCACGCCUACAGUGUUAAGGUCCAAUUUGAAGACCCGGUUGUGGAAAUGAUCUAUAUUACUGAGGGAGUAUUCAAGUAUUCCCUAAGCAUUAAGUACAUUCUGAUCUUCAUGCCGCAGGGGCAACUGUACCAUCAUUCUGUUUCUGUGGUGGCUUAUGCCCAUGAUGUCCUUCCUCCUGCUUUUAGUAGCCAGUGUGACGUGAAUGGCAUCAGCUUUAAGCUGGACCACAAGAAGUUUAACUACAUAUGGGAGUUUACCAUUGGGCCUUACCCUCUGACACAGCAGCUGGCUGACAGCCAAGGCUACAUCAUGAUCAACGAUAGUCGGAGUCUGGUCAUGCAUGCUCCCCUUUUUACAACUGGAUACUUGUAUGAGAAUAUUACUCUGCAACAGUUCUUUGGCACAUUUGAAAUUCUCACAAGGAAUGCAAAGACUCUGGAGGUCGCACAGUCUUCAGCCAGACGCUGCCUGUUCAAAACCACUGAGCUGUUAGUGUGUUCCACUGAUGGGGUAAUGACUGUUGUGAGUGAUGUCACCAAGGCUGUCCCGAGAGCAGAUCCUGCAAGGGCUACCCUUCUGGAUAGGAACUGCAAACCCAGAGACUUUGAUGAGACCAAAGUCCUAUUUUCAUUUGGUCUAAAUACCUGUGGGACCAGGGUCAAGAUUAACAAACAGUAUAUCAUGUAUGAAAAUGAGAUCCUAUUCCCCAUGGUAUAUUCCUCUGAGAUCAAGCCAGUCAUCACCAGGGAUGCUGCAUACAAGAUAACCGUAAGGUGCAUGUAUUCAGUGCAUGGCACCAGUAGGCUAUUUAUCAAGAGGAAAUUCAAAGCUGAGGCUCCUGCAAUGACUGUUCCAGUUGAUCAUAAAGCAAAAGCUCCAGUGAAAGGUUAA